AUAUGGAUGAAAAUGCCACGGAGAGAUAAUCUUUUCUCUCUUCCUGUCCCAUGCAGGAUCUGUUCCAUUUGAGCUUCCUGAUGUGUUUUGGUGGACAUCUGUCUUUCAGCUUUGAUGGAAUUUUGAAAAUGCCUGUGCCCUGGUGUCUGUGUUCAAAUAAAACAAAGUUCAUCUCCUCCCCAUCCUUCGGCAGAGCUCCAAGAGCUGCAUUAAUGAGGCUUCUGGCGGAGGAGGCUGGGAGGGGAUGUCUUUGUUUUAAUGCUAACCUGACUGAGUGUGAAAAUCAAGUUUCUGCUGCCUCUUUGCUUUUCCAUAUGGCAUCUUGAUUACAGUCUGCAUGGAAAGGGGAAGAGGAAAGGGCAGAGAUGAUUGAGUUGUAUGAGGGAUUUUUUUUUUCCUACUUUUUUUAAAGCUAUGAUCAUAACAUGUGCUGCAUUUUGCUUUUCUUGCCAGGGAACCCCAUUGCUGCUGUCAUUUUUCCACAUAAGUUUCUCAUGUCUGUCUGAAGUCAAGCAAUUGCUUAUUUUGGAUUGGCAUUAACCAGCCUGGGUGACUGAUGACAGCGAGGGUCAGCUUGGGGGCCAGUGGUGUUGGAUUUUGUGAGCUGUGGCAAUUGCGUAUUCACUUGUGUACUUCCUGAGUAUGCAAACGCAUAGGUGUGCUCUCUGUGUGCACCAUUGAACAGAAUGCUUGUUGGGUUCACAGGUAGGAUGUAAAACUGAACACUGAAGUCCUGGGAUUCGUCUGCCUCAAGUACUAGAGGAUAAAAUUGCUUUGUCCUGAAAUGCCCCUUUGAUGGGAUGUUCUUUGCAUCAUGGCUUUUAUAGUUAUGGAAAGGUUCCGAGAUUCAUCUACACGUGCUCUGGAUGAAGGAAUGAAUGAAAAGGGCAUCAGGAGGUCCCUCUGGCCGAAGCGGACAUCGAAUGGUUGCUUGCAAAAGACAGCUGAUCAUCUUUGGAGGUUUUCAUGAGAGCGCAAGAGACUACAUCUAUUACAAUGAUGUGUAUGCCUUCAGCCUGGACUCCUUCACCUGGAGCAAGCUGGCUCCUUCGGGGAUUGGGCCAGCUCCAAGAUCUGGGUGUCAGAUGGCUGUCAGUCCUGAGGGCAGCAUAAUCAUCUAUGGAGGCUACUCCAAACAGAGAAUUAAGAAAGAUGUUGACAAAGGCACCCUGCAUACAGAUAUGUUCCUGCUGAAGGCUGAAGGUGCAGGCAAGGAGGAAGCAGACAAGUGGAUAUGGAGUCGGCUCAACCCAUCUGGAGUGAAGCCCACUCCCAGGUCUGGUUUCUCUGUGGCAAUUGGUCCCAAUAACCGUUCCCUUCUGUUUGGAGGCGUGCAUGAUGAAGAAGAAGAAGAGAGCAUUGAAGGGGACUUCUUCAAUGAUAUUUAUUUCUAUGAUAUGGGGAAAAACCGCUGGUUUCCUGGACGGCUAAAGGGACCAAAAUUGGAGAAGAGGAAGCGAAGACGUGGCAGACAAGCCGAGGCAGAGGAUGCUAGAGAGGAAAUGGAAAAGCAACAUCCACAAGGCCCGAUGGAGAUAGUCAAAGAGGUGGUUGCAGAAGAUGGAACUGUCAUGACAAUCAAGCAGGUGAUCUCUGCACCUGCAGAAGAGAAGGAGAAGUCUGAAUCAGAGGAGGAGGAGGAAGAUGGAGCCUUGGACCAGCAAGUUGAGCCAUGCCCACGUUCGAAUGCCAUGUUGGCGGUGAAGCAUGGGAUUCUCUAUGUGUAUGGGGGAAUGUUCGAGGUGGGCGAUCGCCAGUUCACCCUCAGUGAUCUCUACAGCAUCGACCUACACAAGAUGGAAGAAUGGAAAGUGCUAGCGGAGAUGGAUCCAAAAGCACAAGAAUGGCUGGAGGAGUCUGAGUCGGAUGAAGAGGAUGAUGAUGAUGAUGAUAUGGAAGGUGCAGAGGGAGGGGAAGAAGAAGAGGAGAGCUCUGAAGAGGGGAGUGAAGAUGAGGAAGGAGAGGAGCAGCACCCAUCUGUUCAGCCUGAUGAGAAGCCUGCAGAUUAUCUGUCCAGGACUGAGCAGUAUUGGAUUAAGCUGGCCCGCAGCAACAUGGGCCCCGAUGCCAAGGAGAAGAAGGUGGUGAAAGUGGCACAUGCCAUGGCAAAGACCUUCUAUGAAGGUUCAGUCUAGAUGUUGUUGAGGCUGUUCCAUGGAUGAAAAAGCAUGCCAGGAGCAGUGGUUAGCUCCGCUGAACUCAGCCUGAAGUGCCAGGCAGUCAGCAUGUCCAGAAGGCAUCCUGGCACAUCAGCUUUGCCUAGUCUGUGGGUGCCUCUGGGCUGACCAGUCUCAAUGUGCCUGCUUGAUUAAUGUUCUGGAUGUGCUGCUGUUCCCUUGGAGGUUCUGAGGGGGUCUUGAGCAACAGGGUUGCUGCUCAAGCAUUUGUUUUGCUGAGGCUGGUGUAUACGAUACUGUCAUAUUUUUGUUCAAAAGUCAUUUUAAGUCUGUCAAGAUAAACUGCACACCACGGUGGUUUGGUGUUCCCGAAUUCCCUGCCUGACUGGGGCUAGAACGUGUCUUAAAGGGUUUCUAUAAUAAACUUCUUUGGUUCCAUCG